UGACAAAUUGUCCCUCCUUUACUCUGAGUUCUUUAAAACAGAACUCUGUGAGCGCCCAGAAGCACAUCGAAAAGAGUAACCUGGUAGUAGGAAUGUCAACAUUCUUUCAAUCCUCUGGCACCCUCAACAUACCAAGGAAAGGUCAGAGACUGGGGCAAAUUGUACCCAACAACUUCUUUCAGCUACCUCAGUGCCAACCAUCUGAACUAGAUGAGAAACUCAUGACCAGUAGUUGAAACCUCAGCUACCCUACACCCCUCUAUAUAUAGAGAACAAUCAGGAGUUUCGUUUAGACAACUAUGUAGCUACAGCUUUUGAUACCACUUUUGAAGAAUGGGAGACUGGACCUUUCUUGGAAGAUUGCUGGAUAAAGUUCAGUCACAGUCUACAGUUAUUGGGAAAAUCUGGCUCACGACACUGUUUGUGUUCAGGAUCUUACUCCUUGGGGCUGGUGCAGAGAAGGUUUGGGGUGAUGAACAGUCUGGUUUCGUUUGCAACACACGCCAACCUGGCUGUGAAAAUGUCUGCUAUGAUAAAGCCUUUCCUAUCUCCCACAUUCGCUUUUGGGUUCUUCAGAUUAUAUUCGUCUCAACCCCUACCUUGAUAUAUCUUGGCCACGCUUUACAUGUCAUCCACACUGAAGCAAAACAAGCAAUUGGUGAAACUAAAACCACGUUCAGAAAAAGCAAGAAGACAAAAUACACUGUAACUCAUGGAAAAGUAAAAAUACGAGGAAUCCUAUUAUUUUCUUACCUCCUACAAGUUUUCUGUAAAAUUGUAUUUGAAGUUGCUUUCAUUAUGGGUCAAUGGUAUCUAUUUGGAUUUUCCUUGAGUCCCAUUUAUAUAUGUGACAGAAAUCCCUGUCCACAUAGAGUAGAUUGCUUUAUUUCACGUCCAACAGAAAAGACCAUUUUCAUUAUUUUUAUGUUGGUUGUGAGUUGUGUGUCACUUGUUCUAAAUUUAAGUGAAAUAAUUUACCUUAUUUUCAAGGGAAUAAUGUUUUCCACACGUAAAAAGUAUCAUCAUCAAAUUCAACCCAGAUAUGUCAUUGACACUUCUGAUAAAUCAGUUGUCUCUGAAGCCGCAUUUCCAUCAGAUUCUAAAACAGAGCUUUUGAAAGGAGAGAAACAGUGCAGUAGUCAUGACCCCAGUUCUCAAAAUAAGAUUAACGAUAGCAUUGAAAAAUCUGUAGAGAAAGCAAAGGAUGAUCUAGUGAAAACGUCUAAGGAUGAAUAAGAGCAUGCUAUUUCUGAGAAGAGGUAAGCCUAGUAAGUGCCAAGAGUAUCAGACAGCAACAAGAAUAGACAAUUGCAUUUUUGUAUUAUGUAUAACAAUGUAAUAAAGAAAUUUGCAGUUAAUUAUUGUAAAGCAAUUUCUGCUGUACUAUAAGAGGGCAGUUGUUCUGUAUAAAUGACUUCAAGAGGCAACUGAAUCAAAAUUUAUAACUUUGACAACUAGGCCAGUUUUCACCUAACAUCCUUGAAAAUCACCUAACUAUAGUAGUCAUUUAUUGUAGGAAGUCAUGACAAAAAUAAUUCAGCACACAUAUGCGAUGUGUAUGUCAAUUUAAUAGCAUUUUUAAAACUGUUAUACUGUUUAUACUGUUUGCCAAUUGACUGGUGAUAGUAAAUUGUUACAAUCACACAAAUGAGUGACAAAGAGAACUUAAAUGGAACACGGAACCUUAUUUUAGAUUGUGUCUUUGAGUAUAUGAGAAAUGCUGUGAAGUCGGGAUCUUGAAAUGUACAAGAAGCAUUCUAGCUAUAUGCAUGGUAGAUUAUUCAUUCACAGAAUUGGUCAUGAGAUGGUAUUCCAUAUAGUUAGCUUUAAUCUUAAACUUAAGGAGCAGAAGAUAUUUUCCAUUGUCAGUUAGUGUUACUAAAUUAACUUCAAUGAGUCAAUUACUAUAUUGUUUCAAAAUUGGAAAUUGGAAUAAAUUUUUAAAAAAAAUUUCUAUGUAUUUUGUUUAUUUUCUGAGAAAUACGCAAAAGAAGACAGUAUUGGCAACAAUUGAUCUUUCUAUUUCAGUUCAUUAUUUUAAGGAAAAUCUAAGAACACAGCUAAAGUUGAAUGUUAGACAAAAGUCAAAAAAGAAACAUGUAGUUGAAGGUUGGGCAAAAUCAAAGAAAAGAGAAAAAUGAAUCUGGAUCAAGGCAGCAUAGGUUCAAGAGAAGGAACCAAUCACUUAUGACUGAAAUGAGGACAAAUUUCUCCACUGAAAGGGUUGUGAAUCUUUGCAAUUCUCUACCCCAGAUCGUUAUACUGAGUUAUAAUGGGAUGCACUUGAAGCUGAACAAGUAAGAAAAAUUAUAUAGUCCUCCCACGCUCCACAUUCUUAUGCUUUGUAAAUUGAAGGCAUGGAAACAUUGCCAGGUUUCUACAAUGCAUCAUGCAGUGUAGGCAUGGUGUGCCAAUGGAUAAAUGAUGAAGUUAUUGGAUCAAAUGCGAUUCAAAUGGACAGCAUUAUUCUGAAUGAUACUGAGCUUUGUAAAGAUUGUUAAAACUGUAAUUAUUCGGGCAAGUGGAAUGUAUUCCAUUGUUUACCUGACUUGUGUCAUGUAGAUGAUGACCUGGCUUUGGGGAAGUAAGGGUUGAGUCAACAGAGUUCCCAAGUUCUGACUGUUUUUGUAGCCACUGUGAUUAUGUGGUUGCUUUCGUUCAGUUUCUGGUCACUGGUGACCCCCAAGAGUUGGUUAAUUUGAUAUUGGUAAUGCUAUUGCAUAUAAUGGGAAUAACUGCUGAAUUGAACCUGAAGGCCACCGGACAUCAGAUGAGGGGUGAGAUUCAGAAGAUAGGACUUUCGUGGUGACCUCAGCAAGUGUGGAAAUUGAAUCCAAACUGUUGGCAUUAUUCUGUUUCAGAAACCAGCCAUCCAGCUAAAUGACUCCUCUACUGGAUACUAAGUGCUAAUUGAAAGCACUAUCAAUGACCUGCUUCAUCACAUAAUGGAUCAUUGAGUGUAGGGUGAUGGGUUGAUAAAUGGAUUGGAUUUGGCCUACUUAUUUUUUUGCGGACAGGUUGUAGCUAAGCAAUUUUCCAGAUUCUUGCAGUAAUGCCAUUGUUAUAAGUGUACUGGAAUAGAUUGACUGGGGCUGCAGCUGAUACUAGAGCACAACUCUUCAGUAUUACUGCUGUCGAUGAUGUUACAAUUUGCUUGAUAUGAGGCUGAGUGAUUAGAAUUGACUGAAGACUGAUUAGUAAUAAUAGUGAUAGUACAAAAAAAUGUGCGUUGAGAUGUGGAGAUAGUAGGAACUGCCGAUGCUGGAGAAAAUCUGAGAUAACAAGGUAUAGAGCUGGAUGAACACAGCAGGCCAGGCAGCAUCAGAGCUUUGAGAUGUGAGUUUGCUGGCAACAAGGACACGAAUGUCUGUGACCAUCUGCAUAAGGAUUCAAAUAUCAGGUGGCACUGGUUUCUCUUACAUCUCCAAGCAGUUCUGCUUCACUGUUCAAUCCUGUGAUGAAAGUUAGGCCUCCACUGCCUUCUUGUCCAUCUUUCUUCUCCUAUAAUCAGUCCUGUUGAGGAUGACUCAGAAUUUGACAAUCAUGGUUCCAUUGCCAGCUGCAGCUUCCCUUCUGGGAACGAUAAAAAAUGCAUUUUAAAAGGAAAGUUCUAGGCUGAUAAACUAAAAGAAGGUUAUCACAUGAUAUAAUGAAACAAAAAUUGUUUUAAGAAGUGGGAAAACCUGUCAAAAAGUUGUGAAAUGUGGACACUUGUUAAGAAAAUUGAAAAAUAGCAGUAUAGAUUGCCUGAUUAACACUGAAAAAUUUAAGGCAGAAGAAUUUAUUAAAAACAAAGUUUUGAAGGGGUAAGGCAUUUCUAUUAUUCAUGAAAUUAUUAAUAAGCAAUGUCAGCACAACACAAUUUCUUUUCCAGUGUAAUACAAAGUGAAAAGCUUAGAGAAGAAGCAAAAAGAGUUAUGAAAUGCCUAUAGUGCUAAAAGUAAUGUGAAAAUCAUGCGGAAGGGAAAAAGGUUUAAGAUAAAGGAAAUCUAUCCCAAUAAUUGAAGUUUCUGAGCUCUUGAAUCAUUGUCAUAAAACUCUAUGACACUGUCUCCAAUGCUUUCAUAUCCUUCCUAAUAUGUUGGGCCCAGAACUGUACAUAAUACUCCAGAUGAGAUACGACUCUUGUUUUAUAUGCGUUCAGCAUAACAACCUUGCUUUUGUACUCGAUGACUUAAUAAAGCCUGGGCUAUUGUGUGCUCUGUUAA